AUGAAGGCCAAGGCCACCACCGCCGCCGUUGCUGGCAUUAUUGCUAGUGCCGCAGCCCAAAACUCGACCAACACCUGCGCUACUGGUGUUCACCUCAUCGUCGCCCGCGGUAGUGGCGAGGCUCCUGGUUCUGGAAGAAUCGGAAGCGUCGCCGACGGCGUCGUCGCCGCCGUGCCCGGAUCUCAGAUCGCGCCGAUCAAUUACAUUGCGACGCUGAGCAAUUAUUCCACUUCUGUCGUCGAUGGCACCACGGCAAUGAAGCUGGCCUUGACCGAGUACAACUUGAGAUGCCCCCAAUCGAAGGUGGCCCUGCUUGGAUACUCUCAGGGCGCACACGUUGCGGGCGACAUCUUGUGUGGUAGCGUCGAGGAAGAAGAAGAUGAUGGACUCGAGAUUGACUUCAACACCACAUCACCCAUCCCCUCCUCCGUUGUGGACCAAAGUGUCAUCGCCGUCGUCCUGUUCGGCGACCCAACCCACAACGCCAGUGCCACCUGGAACCGGGGCACGAGCACUCGAAACGGGCUCUUCCCUCGCGAAAACAUCACCGCGUGCGAGCAGUACGCCCCCAAGAUCGAGUCAUGGUGCGACACCGGCGACAUCUACUGCGACCUUGGUAACGACACUACCGUCCACGGCUCUUACUUCAAGACGUACACGGAGGAUGCCGUUAAGUUCGUCGUCUCUCAGUUCAACGCGUCCAAGACGAACGCCACGUCUCCCACGGGCACCCCCACGGCAACCCCGUCGUCGUCGGUCGUACCGGCCAACGGAGCCGGUGUCACUGCCCCGGGGGCGAUCCUUUCUCUGGCCGGUCUCUCGAUGCUUGCCGCUUAUCUGAUGUGA